AUGGCACAGUUUGAUAGACAAGAAGAGGAAACAGACGUUGUUCCUUUCCCCGCAGAGAUGAUGUGGAGGCUUCCAGUUGUCAGCGUGUCAUCCAUAAAAAAAGUUGGAGACACUGUGGUGCUUUCAUCAUGCUUACCAAGUGAAGGGGUCACCGUUGCAAGAUGGAGAUACAGAGGGUCAAUAAUUGCAGAAAAAGGCACGGUUGUUCCUGAAAAAGAGCAGUUCAAGGGCAGAUUAGAACUAAACGCCACAGACUUGAGUUUAACACUGAGAAGCCUGACUCUUAACGAUUCUGGUGAUUUCAGUUUAAACUCAGAGGCAAAUGACCGACAAAGGGACACCGUCACCAUCAACCUGCAAGUUCAUGUCAGCAACCACAACAGUGGAGUGCAGAAACGACACACAAAUAUAAGAAACAUACCAGAGGCAGUAGACUUUGUCGUUCUCCUGAGUUUGGCAGCAGGAGGUUGUUUGAUGAUUGUCAUUGUAGUUGGAAUAGUGGUGGUUGUAUGUCACAGCAAACAAAGACGAGCAGGCAGCGACUCAAAUGACCUCACCGUGUACGCUGAUGUCACUGAAAUUUCAACUGAAGAUGGGACCAUGAAGCCAUGCUCAGUGUAUGAAACCAUUGACAACAGAGUCUAUCCAGAAAAACAAGCGCCCCAGACUGUGUAUGACAAGAUCCAGCUUAAUCGCGUGAGGCAGCCCCCCACGUCGCACUACCAAGAUGUUUCCUAGAGGGCCAUAGCCUGAUGUAUAGCUUGAAUUACUCAAAGCAACAUUUGCAAAAGGUGCAGCCCAAAAUAUUUAAGGGUAAUAUGAGGAUAAUAAAAGUGCAACACUUGGCAUAAAACAGUACGUAAGACCACAACAUCAUGUUUGUGCAUGUGUUAUACUAUUGCAUCUUCCCCUUAUUAUCCAUCCAUCCAUCCAUCCAUCGUCAACUGCUUAUCCUGCGUCCAGGGUCGCGGGGGCUU